AUGAAGUUUUCCUUGAUCAUUGCUGGAUUGUUCACUCUGGUGUCCGUGGCUCAGGCUUCUGUCAUUCAAGAACAAGAACCCAACAACGACAUUAACACUGCUCAGCACAUCCCUGUUGCUGCCUUCACUCUUGGGUACAAUCCUAUUAUUGCAAACUCUGAUACAAUUCCUUGGGUAACCAUUGAGGGUACUGGGGAUGGUACCCAUGACUUUUACUCAUUUUUGGUCCCCAAUUCGGGAAUGAUUGCAUCCUUCUUUGAUAUUGACGAUACGAACAGAGGCAAGCGGUUUGAUUCAUUCCUCACUCUCUAUGACCCAAAUGGAAACUACCUUACACAUCAAGAUGAUGUUGAUGAUACUCAAGAUGAUGUUGGCGAUAUUAGUCAAGAUCCUGGCUCAAAUACACGUGUUGACUCCUACAUGACCUACACCUUCAAUACUCCUGGCACAUACACCAUUGCUCACAGCUUCGAGCGGCAAAGGGCAUAA